GCAAAUGUCAGUGCACUCAACCGAACCCUGCAUUUUAAAGUUUGAUUCCUUGGAGAUUAAUUUAUACUGCUGCAUCCAUGCUGGAAGAUGUCUUGUCCAGAACCCUUUAUUAGUGAACUCUCCAUUACUACCCCCGGUGGCUAUAUCGAUGGCCGCUGGUGCAAGCUUAUUGGAAACACGUCCUGUUGUUUUCCCUGUCCCAUUACUGACUGGACAUAUUCGGAAAACUUUUCUAGCGACAUCCAAAUUUCCUCUUGGCUAGGACUCUCUGUUUUUGUCCUAGCAAUCGCAUACUCUAUAUCUUGUUUGGUUCUCCCAAAACAGGUUACAGGGCAUCACUAUCUGAAUACUGCCCCAUUAAUAGGAUUUAUCUUCAUGUCGGUGGCCUAUUGGUUACCUCUCGCAACUAAACCUCAGCAAUGCUACGAUUCAAUAACCCCGCACGACUGGAAAUCAGACGUUUCAUGUGCCUUCACUAGCACAUUCCUACUAUUUGGGGUCUGGGUUCUUGUGAUUAGUUGUUUCUUCCGCGCCUUGUCAUUAUAUCUCCAUCUUCGAUGGGAGAAAGAGCUUGGGAAGAUGUUCAUGGUAUUUUCGUUGGUCGUCAUCUUUGUUGGUGCGGCAGGGUUGCUCGUGCUUGCGAUGACAUUGACUGGAGCUUCAUAUCAGAUUGGCUCGAUUUGCGUCAUCGAUAUCCAAAGAGGAAAAGGGACUUUUUGGGGACCCUUACUCGCUAUUGGCGCUACCACCAUAUUGCUACAGGUCCUACUGAUGUUUUACUGCUUUCGGGUCGUGUUGAAACCGCUGGAUAUCUUGUCAAUGCUGCCGUUUCUUUCAGCUCGAAACAAACGAGCCUCUGUCGUCUCUCAAGAGACCGUGAUGACAUAUACCACUCACAUUACCAAUUAUACAAAUCAGACGUCAAAUAGUGCGACAGCGCGACAAGCCUCUGCACGAGUUUGGAGAAUACUACAGCUACAGUGGAGAGCUGUUUUGAGCGUGCUUCUGAUUUUAAUACACGUUGCUUUACUGACUCAAAUGUUUUUCCAAAUUCAUCUGUCAGCUUAUUAUUCGCUCGACAAGUCUAUGCCAUGGAUCCAGUGCCUAAUUAGUGCCGGGGCAGCGAACAGAACCAAGUGUUCAUCGUAUAGCUCUGAAUUCGGACCAAGUGAGACGAAUGUUGUGGCUUCCAUGUGCCUCCUCAUUGGAAGCGGCUUCUGGGGUUUCAUCUGUGUCAUGCGUAUAUCCAUCGUAACUGGAUGGUUGGACUGGAUGAAAGCGAGGAAAGCCGCCAUUAUUAACUCUGUCAAGAACUCUGGGCCCCAAAAUAAUGACCCUGAACGAGCGGAAAGUAGUAUGAGCUACUGCACAGAUACAAAGGACCCACUAAGCCCCGAUUCCGACUCCCGACAAGACAAAUGGUUUGAAGAUCGUGAGAAAUACCCACAGGUUACACACGAGGAAAAUAGUAUAUCUAGGAACUAUAAAAUCCCCAAGCAGAGCUUUUCAGCCCCUACAAGCCCAAUUAGUACCAUUAGCAUAUAAAGGUUCUCAGCAAAAAGUUAUUUUUG